GGUCGCCGCCUUUUGAUGUCGCGCGAGCGGCGCGGGCUGUGCAUGCGCAAGCUGUGCGCGCGCCUGCGCAACGCGCCGCCCCCCGCGCCCCGCGCGCCCCCCGCCGCCGCCCCCGGCCCCCGCGCCGCCCCCGCCCGCGCCUGCGCGCACUGCCGCCUGCCCGCCGCGCAGUGCCUGUGUCCUGAUGAACGAGUGCCGGCGGAUCAGUUCACGGCGGGCGUGUCGGUGGCGGGGUUCCCGGACUCUGCGUUCGCGCUGCUGGCGCGGCUGCUGGAGCCCGACCCCGCCGCGCGCAUCUCCGCCGCCGCCGCGCUCGCGCACCCCUUCAUCACCGGCACAGACCUGUGACCAGUGGCGCCCUCUAUUACCAAUAAUGUUGCCGUUGAGUAUUGUAUAAGAAACCCGCGAGUGUUCAUGCGACGUGAUAGUUAAAAUAAACUGGCCAAAAGCCAGUUGAGUCUGAUGUAUAAAGUAUAUUUUUGUAUUGACCAUUUCCAGACGUAUAUUGUGCCUAAAUUGUUAAUGCUAAGCUUUCGAGCUACUUGCCAAACUUACAGCAUCCCUAGACAUUUUGUCAGAUGUUAUUGCAGUAGUAAAGUUUGGAUCAACUUGACAAUAAAUUACUUAAAGUGACCUUACAUGGAACGUCAUACAUGUUUUAGUAUAAUGAGGAGAUAAUGUUUUCUGUUUCGUUUUUAUUAUGUUGAUUAUUACGUUAAACUUUUUCGAAAAUAAACCUUUAGUUUAGCUUUUAUAUUUGAUGCAAGAAUGAUUAGUUCUAGUUAUUUUAAUGAUCAAAUGGGGACAUCUUUUAGUUUAAUUUUGUCCUAUUAUCAAUGUCAUACCAUUGAAUUAAUGUUUAGUUACUAUUAUUGUUAUUAAGUCCGUUGAUACAAAGGGGUCAGUCGGUAGAACAAUCAUUUAUUUCUCACGUAUUCACUUAGAAGUAGUUAGAAAAUUUGUAUAAAAGAAUUUAAUAUAUUUUACUAUUCAGUAUAGCAAAUAAUGAGAAGACUUGUAAGUGCCUUGGAGAUAGCUGGAAAAAAUAUAUACAUAUUUUAUAUCCAAUUUUGUGAAAUUGUCUUCACACUUCACUUACUAUCGUUUGACUAAACUGACUGAUAGUAAGCAAUUUGUAACGAUAGGAAUAGAUUUGUACCAAUAUUAUUAAUUAUGAAGAUAACAUAGGGGAAGUUUUAGUUUCCGACUCAGUUACUCGGCUCUACCUCCGUAGUGUGUAGCGACAUGACUGUGUGCAGGGGCGGCGGCUCCGGGAGGAUCGCUCUAUACUGACGG